AUGUCGACAUUCGGAUCGCAUUUCAGANNCUAUGGCGAGUCGCACUGCCUCAGCGUCGGCUGCAUCGUCGACGGCGUGCCGCCGGGCAUGGAGCUCACCGAGGCCGACAUCCAGCCUCAGAUGACCAGACGCAGACCGGGACAGAGCGCCAUCACAACACCGCGCAAUGAGAAGGACAAGGUCGAGAUCCAGUCGGGCACCGAGUUUGGCGUCACCCUGGGCACCCCCAUUGGCAUGCGCGUCAUGAACGAGAACCAGCGACCCAAGGACUACGGCAACAGCACCAUGGACCUGUACCCUCGCCCCAGUCACGCCGACUGGACCUACCUGGAGAAGUACGGCGUCAAAGCCAGCAGUGGAGGCGGCAGAAGCAGUGCUCGCGAGACCAUCGGUCGGUCCACACCCCUCCCCUUCCUCUCAGAAGCGCCUACUGACACCACCCANGGCCGCGUCGCUGCCGGCGCCAUCGCUGAAAAGUACCUCAAGCUCGCCCACGGCAUCGAGAUUGUCGCCUUCACCUCGUCCGUCGGCCACGAGCAGCUCUACCCUGCCACCGCAGACCACCCUACNCCCUCGACCAACCCCGAGUUCCUCAAGCUGAUCGAUGAGAUUACCCGUGAGAAGGUCGACGAGUUCCUCCCCGUCCGCUGCCCCGACGACCAAGCCAAUGACCGCAUGGCCGACCUGAUCGCAAAGUACAAGGAAAAGGAGGACAGUAUCGGUGGUAACGUCACUUGCGUUAUCCGCAACGUGCCCUCCGGUCUGGGUGAGCCCUGCUUCGACAAGAUGGAGGCCAAGCUGGCCCACGCCAUGCUGAGCAUUCCUGCCACAAAGGGCUUCGAGAUUGGUUCUGGUUUCGGCGGCACAAGAGUCCCCGGUAGCAUUCACAACGACCCCUUCAUUAUUGCUCCUGCUCCCAAGGGCUCGGCCGCUGCUUCGGGUGCUGCCAAGGCCGGUAUUCCUCGCCCUCGCCUGACCACAAAGACCAACAACUCUGGUGGUAUCCAGGGCGGCAUCACCAACGGUGCCCACAUCUACUUCACUGUCGGCUUCAAGCCCGCUGCCACUAUCGGCCAGUCGCAAUCAACUGCCACCUACAACGAGACCGAGGGUGUUCUCGAGGCAAAGGGCCGUCACGACCCUUGCGUCGUUCCCCGUGCUAUUCCCAUUGUCGAGGCCAUGGCCGCUCUCGUCAUCAUGGACGCUCUCAUGGCUCAGAACGCCCGCCAGGCCACUCGUUCUCUGCUACCUCCUCUUCCUAACGUCAUCUCGGUGCAAGCCGCUCUUCGCGCCGACGAGCAAGCCAGAGAAGAGCAACAGACCAUCAAUGUUGAGAUUAAGAACUAG